AUGAUAAAAAUGAGGUUCACACUGGAGCCUGUGUGUUGUCUUCCUGGAUCAGAACCAGAAAUUAUGUCCCAGAUGUUCUAUGACGAACCUCAGAGAUGGCAAGUGGGAGAGAUCGUCCGGAAGUACUUCCCUGAGACCUGGAUCUGGAAUUUGGUGGUAGUUGACUCAUCAGGUAGCAGUGAGCUGGCGAUGCAAGUCCCUGACACCAUCACGGAGUGGAAGGCCAGCGCAUUCUGCUUGUCUGGAACCGCAGGGCUUGGCCUCUCUCCUACUGUGUCUCUUCGAGCCUUCCAGCCGUUCUUCCUAGAACUCACCCUCCCGUAUUCUGUGGUGCGAGGAGAAGCCUUCACACUCAAAGCCACUGUGUUUAACUACUUGGCCUUUUGCAUUCGGGUCACUGUGCAGCUGGAGGUCUCUUCCGCUUUCCUGGCCAUCCCAGUAGAGAAGAAUGACGAACCUCACUGUGUCUGUAGAAACGGACGGAAAACCGUGUCCUGGACUGUGACCCCAAAGUCACUGGGAAAGGUGAAUUUCACAGCUACCGCAGAAGCCGUGCGUUCUCAGGAAAUGUGUGACAAUCAGGUGACUGACGUCCCAAAACACGCACCAAAGGACACUGUAGUCAAGCCCUUACUAGUUGAGCCUGAAGGAAUAGCCAAGGAGGAAACUUUCAACACGCUGCUCUGCGCAUCAGAUACUGGAGUAUCUGAAAAUGUGUCACUGAAUGUUCCUUCAGAUGUGGUUGAAGGAUCUCCCAGGGCAACAUACUCAGUUUUGGGUGAUAUACUAGGCUCUGUGGUACAAAACCUUCAGAACCUUCUCCAGAUGCCCUAUGGUUGUGGAGAGCAGAAUAUGGUCCUUUUUGUUCCCAACAUUUAUGUUCUGAACUAUCUGAGUACAACACGACAGCUGACAGAGGAGAUCAAGGCCAAAGCCAUCAACUACCUCAUCAGUGGGUACCAAAGGCAAUUGAAUUAUAGGCACAUAGAUGGUUCCUACAGCACCUUUGGGGAACAUGAUGGUAGAAGUGAAGGAAACACUUGGCUCACUGCAUUUGUGCUCAAGUCCUUUGCUCAAGCCCGAUCGUACAUCUUUGUGGAUGACUUAGACUUCAGGGAUGCCUUCAAGUGGCUCUCAGAGAGACAAAAGGAAAAUGGCUGUUUCCAACGCUCUGGAUCACUGCUGAAUAACGCUAUUAUGGGUGGGGUGGACGAUGAGGUGACACUCUCUGCCUACAUCACCAUUGCUCUGCUGGAGAUGAGACUGCCUGCCACCCAAAGUGUCAGUAGGGCCCUAUUCUGCCUUGAAACGGCCUGGAGAUCCGCCUCAGAGGCCCAGGGAAGUCUCGUCUAUACCAAAGCAUUAUUGGCCUACGCCUUUGCCCUAGCAGGAAACCAGGUCAAGCGAAGAGAGCUGCUUGAAUCAUUACACAGAGAGGCUGUGAAAGAAGAGGAUUCAAUCCACUGGCAACAUCCUGGGAAACUUCGAGAAGCUGAGACACUCCAUUCUCAAUUCCGGGCUCCCUCUGUGGAAGUGGAGACGGCAUCUUAUGUGCUCCUUGCCUAUGUUACUGUCCAGCCUGCCCCGUCUCCAGCGGACCUGUCUGUGGCAUCACGUAUUGUGAAGUGGAUUACCAAGCAGCAAAACCCCCAUGGGGGCUUCUCCUCCACUCAGGACACAGUGGUGGCUCUUCAAGCCCUCUCCGAAUAUGGAAGAGCAACUUUCACCAACAGUGAGAAAGCAGCUUUGGUUACUGUCAAAUCUUCAGACACCUUCUCUAAAGACUUCCAAGUGGAUGACACCAACUGCCUGCUGCUGCAGAAGGUCCAGCUGCCAAAGGUUCCAGGGCAGUACACCACAACCGUGUCAGGGUCAGGAUGUGUGUACCUCCAGACAUCCCUGAGAUAUAACAUCCUACCUAAGGAAAAAGAGAAAGAACCCUUCGCUCUGCAGGUUAAUACUCUCCCCACGAAUUGUGAUGGAGUGGAUGCUCGCAGAAAGUUCCAGAUUCACAUCAACAUUAGUUAUACUGGGGACCGACCCAGCUCCAACAUGGUCAUUGUUGAUGUGAAGAUGGUAUCAGGCUUCAUUCCUAUAAAACAAUCAGUUAAACAGCUCCAGACACAGCCCCAGAUCCAGAGGACUGAAGUGAGCACCAACCACGUCCUCAUCUACUUUGAAAAGCUAACCAAUCAAAACCGGCAUUUUUCCUUCUUGGUGGAACAAGAUAUCCAAGUAAAGAAUUUAAAACCAGCUGUAGUAAAAGCCUAUGAUUAUUAUGAGACAGAUGAAUUCACCUUUGAAGAAUACAAUGCCCCUUGCAGUGCUGAAUCUCAACAAGGAAAUGCUUGAAAACAGGAACUUAUGGACUUCAUCAGAUGAACUUCUUCAGAAAUGAAGAACAGACUUACCGAGAGAGGACAGUAAGAGAAAGAAGGGAAGAUCAUUGGAAAUAUAUAAAAUUUGUAUGUUG